AUAUACGUUAGCUCACCAGUCAGUGGGUUCGAGGCAUCCGAUACGAGAAACUACAGAGAGGAGAGGAGAGACAAUACACCCUUCCCAUCACAAAAUCUACCAAGUCCUAGGCAAGGCAAUGGAAGCAAAGGUCGGGAAAUUCUUCGAAUCCGUCGCCAGCUUGUUUACAGGCUCAGAUCAGCUGCCAUGGUGCGACGCCGACAUCGUAGCUGGCUGUGAACGUGAGGUUGCUGAGGCUGAAAAGGGUUCUUCUGAUAGGUUAAGAAGUGAAUGUAUCAUGCGUUUAUCAUGGGCUCUUGUUCACUCAAGGAAACCGGAAGAUGUACAGCGAGGGAUAGCUAUGCUUGAAGCUUCAUUGGCCACAACUACCAGCUCACCAAAACUGAGAGAGAACCUUUAUCUUCUGGCUGUUGGAUAUUAUCGAAGUGGUGACUAUUCUAGGAGCAGGGAGCUUGUUGAAGAGAGUUUAGAGAUAGAGCCAGGGUGGAGACAAGCCCAAUUCCUUAAGAAGGCAAUUGAAGACCGGAUUACAAAAGAUGGUGUCAUUGGCAUAGGCAUUGCUGUAACUGCCGUAGGACUCAUUGCUGGUGGUAUUGCCGCAGCUUUAGCACGGAAAAACUGACAUAGCCGCUAUUUGAUGACUCUACAACUUGAGUUUCUUGUCUAGCAAAAAAUGCUAGCAAAACUUCAUCCAAUUCAUGUUUGCUAUUAAGGUGUACAGCAAAGCUUGUUAAAAGUAUUUUUAUAAUAGCUUUUGUCUUGCGAAAUGAAUGCUAAAUGAAAUGAAGCAUUUGACUUAAUGGUUCAAAAAAAUAACUGUAUGGCGUACAAUAGGGAAGCAAAUUGUAAAGAGUAAUGCAAAUUGUAAAGAGUAAUGAUUUGUGGGUCGAAUUUUACAGGUUUAAAAAGUUUUGGGC